UAAAAGAACUUAUUUUUGCAGGUUGUUUUAUUUAACCGUGCAGCACAUGAAAUAUAUCACAACUACAAGCCCGUCUCUCAAAACGAAAAUAAAAAAAAAAAAUAAAAAUAAAAAAGUCUCUGAAAACGUCAAGUAAAAUGUGCCAUCUGCAAACGGUGUUGCCAAGACCACAUAUGUAAAAGAGCAUAAUAGCAAAAGUGAUCGGCAAAAUGUAAUAAAAUAAUAGUUAUCAAUUAUCUCCCUAUUAUCUUCGCGAAAAACAUGUAAUAUGCUUCUACGAUCCUGUAAUGAGUAAAUGCAGAGGUGAUAGUAGAAUUAUUAGCCUUCUGUGUGCUUUAUUUGUUAAAUAAAUUUAAAAAUUGCAAGGAAAUUUUCGCACGCGAUUUUCUCCGAUUGAAGUUUGUGUUAGAUAUGAUGAAAUGAAAAAACGCUCUAAUAUUAUACAAAAAAAAUGAGAAUGAAAUUUGUUAAGCUAAUCACCAAUCAGUCAGAUAAACAUUUAAAUUCCGAUGGAUGGACUAGAUGAUGUAUUCAUUUUUGAGUACUUCUACCGCUAUGAAACCAGCGAUUCCAGUAAACCAAAAACAGUGAGAAAACUACGCGGUGUAUCAGGAGGAAACUUCAAACCACCUUGUAGCUGCAUGCAAAAAUGUUACGAAAAAAUCUCCAACGAUUAUCGUCAAAAGCUGUUUGAUACUUUGCAGAAAUUAUCUCGCCAUGGUCAGAAGGAGUUUUUAUCGAACCACAUGCAGGUGCAUAGUACAGUUCGACGAAAAGUAGAAGACUCCAGACGUUCCUUCAGUCGAUUCUACUUUUUUCCCAUUGCAUCUGGGCCCGUCAAAGUUUGUAAACUCAUGUUCAUGAACACAUUCGACAUUACUGAUAGGAAAAUACGGGAUCUGGCUGCCCUAAAGGAUGUCGACGAUGUAGUUACUCAAAAACGAAAAUCAAAUAGUGCAGAGUACAUUACCGGGGACAAUAUAGGUGAAGACAUUCGUAUUUCUGAGACACUGGAGAAACAACUUCUUGGUGGGGACAUUGAGAUAGUGGAACAACACGGUAAUAAAGUUAAAAAGUUAAAAGGAAACGGCUACUACUCGAUGUUCCAAGUUUCAGGUUCAAAUGUCGACAAAGACACUCAUACGGAAAAUGUUAGUGACGCAGAUGUUUUUAAGUAUAUGCAACCAUAUCAAUCCAACGAAAGUUCUAGCAGAAGCAACAACUUACUAGAAAAAGCUAUACAACGUUGGCGGAAAAAUCGUGGCUACAGUUAUACUCGCCCCAACGGAGUUGAGGUCCCAGCAAGGCAACUCAAACCAGCAUGCACUUGUCAGAUGUUGUGUUAUAAAAAGUUUUCAACUGAAUCGCGCCAACGUAUACUGGACAAAUUACUGAAACUCUCUUCUUCGUGUCAGAAUCGGUUUCUUGCUAGUCAUUUUAAAAUAAUAGCAACAAAACGACAAACAACAAAUGAGCCGUUUCUUUCAAAACGUCAAUUUAGCUACAUUUACUACCUUCCAGUGGAAGGUGGCGUAGUUAAAGUCUGUAAAAUAAUGUACUUGAAUACAUUUGAUAUUCGUGGGCAGAAAAUUCGUAUGUUGGCUUCAAACAUGGACCCUGCUGAAAAUAUGAGUUUUAAUGAGAUUAUUCGGAAAGAACAGCCUCAACAAGUAUUGGCGGACUAUAGAUACGAGAUGGAUUCCACGAUUGAACUAUCGUGUUCUGAUGAAGAGGUAGAACAUUUCGAAGAAUUGAAUCACUACCCAAUGACAUUAGACGUAAUUGAUGACGGAAUUCUUGAAAAUUUCGAAGCUGAUGAACUGGUGAUAAAUGACUAUGAAACGAAGUCAAUCGAGGUACAUGAUAAAGCAUACCCAAUGCUUCAAGAGUUAUACGUAACUGACGAUAAUGAACAACAAGUUGAUGCAAACGUAGCUAACUACAUGCAACGCUAUGAAAUUGAUAAAUGUCAGGUGGGCUCGUCUAGCAGACAACGAUGCAAGGAACGGGGUAGCAGCUAUAUUCGCUUAAACGGUUCAGAAGUCCCAGCGAGACAACUAAAAGUGGCUUGUACCUGUCUGAAGCUCUGUUACGCAAAGAUUACCAAUAAAUCUCGCCAAAAAUUGCUGGACAAUCUUCUGAAACUUUCCUUCCGUGGUCAAAAUAAUUUCUUGUCGAGUCACAUGAGAGUUAUGGCAACAAAGCGACCAACAAAAUAUGACUCAAGACGCCACUUUAGCUAUAUUUACUACAUACCAGUCGAAGCCGGCGUGAUGAAAGUUUGCAAGUUAAUGUUCAUGAAUACAUUUGACAUUGGUGACAAAAAGAUACGUCUCUUGGCACAAAAGAAAAAAUGCGAUGGUCUAGUGAUUAUGGAUGAAAGUGGCGUCGCCCAUGAAGUAAUGGAUGAUACACAGAUUGCGCUAAGGUUUGAAUCAAACGAUAGUUACGACGAGGACUUCUCUGAAUUAGAUUAUAACGAAGAUAAACAAACCAACAUAGAAGAGAAGAUCUACAACGACGAGAAUUUUGAGGAACGACAAGAAAUCAAAAACUUGUUUCACGACUAUUUUAAACGUUACGAAACUGAUUUUCCCUUACCCUUUUGUGACCAUAGUUAUUUUCGACAAAACGAUUUGGAGGUCCAACCAGAACAGCUCAAACCAGCAUGCACUUGUGAACCGUCGUGUUAUGACAAGAUUUCAGCUAAAUCGCGUCAAGGUAUACUGGAUAGUUUCCUUAAACUCUCUGCUUCAUGUCAGAAGAAGUUACUUGCCAGUCAUUUCAAAAUUAUAGCAAAUGACCCUGUUUCGAAUCGUCAUUUAAGCUACAUUUAUUUCCUUCCAGUGGAAGGCGGCAUAGUAGAAGUCUGUAAAGCAAUGUACUUGAAUACAUUUGACAUUGAGGAGAACGAAAUAUUUAUGUUGGCUGCGUCAAUAGACCCCGGUCAUACAAUGAUCUGUAAUAAAAUCGAAUCAGAGGAACAGCAUCAACAAACUCUGACGCACGAUAACCAGCAAACGACAGAUUGCACUAUUAAGUUAUUGGAUGAUGAUAUAUCAUUGGUCGCGAAUUACGAAGAAAUUCAACAUCAACCAAUGAAAUUGGAAGUAGUUGAUAAUGAAAUUUGUGAGUAUUUAAAAAUAGAGAUUGACGAACUGAUAAUCGAUGACCACAAAACAAAGCCAACGGGAGAAGAGUUAGAAAUACCUGCUGAAGCAUACCCAAUGCUUCAAGAGAUACAGCUAAAUGAUGCCAAGGAACAACUGGUCGGUGUAAAUGUUGCUAACUAUAUGCAACGCUACGAAGUUGAUAAAUGUCAGGUGGGCUCGUCUAGACAGCAGGAACAACGGCGACGGAAGGAACAGGGUUUGAGUUAUAUUCGAAUAAACGGUUCGGAAGCCCCACCGCGGCAGCUAAAAGAGUCAUGCGCUUGUCGGAAAAUGUGUUACAUUAAAAUUCCCAACAAAUCCCGACUAAAAUUGCUAGAAAAUCUGUUGAAACUUUCCUUCCGUGGUCAAAAUUAUUUCUUGUCCAGUCAUAUGAAAGUCAUGGUUACCAAACGACCAAGAAUAUCUUCCUCCAAACGACAAUUCAGCCACGUUUAUUACAUACCAGUCGAAGCAGGCUUGAUGAAAGUUUGUAAGUUAAUGUUUAUGAAUACAUUUGACAUUGGUGGCAAAAAGAUACGCGUCUUAGCGCUGAAGAAAAGCUGUGAUGGUUUAUUGAUUUUGGAUGAAAACGGCGUUGGUCAUGAAUUAAUGGAUAAUAUACAGAUUCAUUCUAAAUGCACUGAUAAAAACGGUGAGCUUGAUUGUGAUGAAGAUGAGGAAGAGAAAGCUAGCAAUGAUGGGAGUCACGAAGAAGGGGAGGAAUCGGAUGAUUUCUUCCUUUACGACUAUUUUAAUCGCUAUGAAAUUGAUGGAUCUCACAACAAGAUUUUAGACUAUCCAGGAAAGAAGUUAUCAAAAUCUGCAAAACGAAAACGACGGAAGGAAAGAGGAUACAGUUACAUUAGUCAUGACGGGAGAGUUAUUCCAGCUAGAGAACUGAAAUCUGCCUGUUCAUGUCCAAGACGAUGUUACGCGAAAAUCACAGAUACAGCGCGUAAGAAACUACUACGGAGUUUGUUGAAGCUCUCAUUCAUUGGACAGCAGGAAUUUCUUUCCUGUCAUAUGCAAGUUCAUGCUGCUGUGCAGCCCGAGGUGCAACGACGUAUGCAUCGUUACUUUUUUCUGCCACGUCCAACUGGGCUUCUUAAAGUCUGCAUGGUAAUGUUCAUGAAUACCUUUGAUAUUACAUACCGAAGGCUUCGCACGAUAUAUACCAAAAAAGUUGCUGCAGAACGUUUGCUGCUUGAAGAAGAUAAUAUUACUCGUCCAAUCAAGGAGCUCUCUUAUCCAGACAACAAGGAAUCACAAAAUCCGGUGAACAAACUUGAAUCAGCGAAAUAUGCUGUUGAAGCAAAUCCUUCCCGAGAGGCGCGAAACAUCGAAAUGGAUCUGAUAGAACGAGCAGCGAGAGCUGAACGGCUAGAUCGAAAAGAGAGAGGUCUAAGUUUUAUCCGAAGGAACGGCAUGGAAGCACCGGCAAGGCGAGUCAAGCCGGCAUGUCAGUGUCGGUUACGUUGCUAUGAAAAGGUAACAGAUGAUGUGCGUCAACAGCUGCUCGCCGAUUUGCUGACACGGACCGCCAAAGAGCAGAAGACGUACCUCAUCGAUCUAUUGCAUCAGGCGCCCACUCUCAACCCCAGGCGAAUUAAUUCCAGGCGAUCGUUUACGUUCCUCUACUAUUUACCGGUCGAAUCCAAGCACGUGCGGGUCUGUUGUCGAAUGUUUAUCAGUACAUUCGACAUUACCUUAAAGAAGUUGCGUACCUUGCUCAACAUAAAGUGCUCCGAGUCACUAGAUCACACAUAUACUAGCCACACCCAAAAUAUUAGAGCCAGUCAAAUAUUUAAAUAUAGGACUUCCAGCAUCACCGAUAUGUAUCGUUUGUACGUUAGGCAGUGCAACAAACUCGAAAAACGUCCAAUGUGUUUUGCAACAUACUCUUCGGUUCAACAGAAGCAAAAGGGUGUGGAUGGGAACUCAGUCGGUGUUCUACCAAGACCAGAUAUAACAAAACAAAGAGAGGCUGAACCGCAAAACAUAAGUACUGUACAAACGGCAGAUGAGGACAUAAACUGUACAAAUGUGGAAAUGGAAAUCGUACAGAUACCGCUUGAAGAAAAUGUUGGUGACCCCUUGGAAUUGUAGACAUCACAUUGUAACCGGUCCAUCGAUAGAUAGCAUUCUUUAAUUCGUCGAUUUUCUAGUUAUAAAUACUACUGUACUGGUAGUCAUCAUCAAUAAAAUGUGAUUUGUUGAAAUGUUA